UAAUUAUCAAAAUGUCAUUGUAUCUAUAUUCUAUAGAUCCACGCAUCCGACGGUCACAAUGAAUUUAUAGUUCGUAAAUAAAUAAGGAAUAAAAUACAAAAUCUUCUAAACUCAACAAUAUACGGAGGAAUUUGGCCCAUGCACACACAAAUACAUCCCGAUACCGACAAUCCCGAUCUCGAUAAUCCCGAUCUCGAUGAAUUUUAUGUUUGAUACUUCAUUGUCGGGAUUUGGCGGGAUUCUCGAUCGGGAUCCCGACUUAAUCGAGAUUUUAAUGUCGGAAUCCCGACUUAAUCGGGACAAUGUACGAGAUUCUCUUGUAAUUUGAAUCGGGAUUUGGGCAAUCUGGAUCGGGAUCAUCCGGAUCCCACCCCACAGGUACACAAGAGAAGACGAUGAGAAAGUAGCGCGGGAUAUGUGUUUACCGCAGACGUGGCAACAAGGCUGGAACUCGGAGAUCUUUUUACUGAGAAAUGAAAUGAAAGAGGCUUGCUGGAAGGGCCCAGUAACAGACAGCGAGUAUCAGCAGUGGUACGCCACGUGUCAUGUCAUGAUAAUGGCGAAAGUUCUCUCUCCCCAUCAUAGUCGUAACCACUGCAACUGGAAAGUGCUUCGGUCCUACCCCACACUGCUGUCUCUUUUCCUCCUUGCACCGCUUCUAGUCCAGUCUAGUCUACACCCAGAGGGAGAGAUGACCCAACCAUUAUUCAUUCAUUUAUUCUAUCUUAGCUUGUUGAAUGAGUGGCAACAGCCUAUGUACGUGGUAGUUGCAUGAUUACUAUAUCUAUUUUUAUUUAUGACGUACAGUUUAGCACAUUAUUGCCAGUCUCUUCUUCUCCCUCCCCUUUCCAUUUACAGGAAAAAAAGCAAGACAUAAAUUUUCCUCGUGGAAUUCAAUUGCUAGCUGUUAAUUUCUUGGUCAGGUAUAUUCACACUCAAACAGCGGGCAUCUAUCUGUGCCCUCUCUUUCUCUCUUUCCUUAACCUCUUCUAUAUCUGGCCUUCCAUUUUAUCCUUCCUUCACAAUUUACUCUGCUGCAAAUAUGAAGUUUUUCUUGAAAAUGGACCAUUUGCAGCCAUGAAUCAUCCCGGUAUUCCUGAAUGGUUUAUUGAUGAUGAAAUCCCUCUUGGAAACCAGAAGAAGUCACCUGUGGGAUUAGACCAUAACCUGGUGGAGCUGCUAUGGAGGAACGGGCAGGUUGUGAUGCACAGCCAAACACUCAAAAAACCUGCGGCGGAUCCGAACGAGGCGAGUCAACCGGUCAAACACGACCCGCCCACUUCCAUUGCUGCCGGGAGUGUUCUGGGGAACCCGACCGGCGGCGGUUUGAUUCAGAACGAGGACGCAGCUUCCUGGCUGAACUACCCGGUCGUUUAUGAUUCUUUCGAGAGAGAAUUGUGUGGACCCUUUUUACCCGAAAUCCCAUCCGCUCAUCCAGUAGCAGCUCUGGACAUAUUCGGUUUAUCACAACCCCCCAACCAUAAUAAUAGUCAUGCUCCGGCUAUGCCGCCGCCCGGAGCUCAGAUCUUGAACAACUUGCGGAAUAGGCCGCGGGGGGAAGAUCCCCAUGGGAGAGAAUGUUCGGUGAUGACAGUGGGGUCAAGCCACUGCGGGAGCAAUCAGGUCGCCAUUGAUCCGACUUUUAACAGGAACUCACGCGGCGGCGGGGGAGGGAACGGCGGCGGCGGAGAUAGGCGGUGUUUGUCCGCAGCAGUGACCGAAGAUGAUGAGAAACGAGUGAGUCCUGAAACGGAGCUGCUGGGAGAGGAAGAAACGGCUGCCACGUCAUCUUCUUCGGGGAGGUCGGGCAGCAGCACCUUUGUUACAACCAAAGGCGGCGGCGGCGGCAGUGUAAACAUUCGUAAAAGAAAAGCUCGGGAUCCAGAAGAGUCCGAAUGCCAACAUGAUGAGGCGGAUGACUUUGAAUUGGGUGAUAGAAACAAGUCAUCCCAAAAGUCUGGAACCACUCGCCGGAGCCGUUCUGCUGAGGUGCACAACCUCUCUGAAAGGAGGCGAAGAGAUAGAAUCAAUGAGAAGAUGAAGGCCUUGCAGGAGCUUCUCCCUCACUCCACCAAGACAGAUAAAGCAUCUAUGCUAGAUGAGGCAAUUGAAUAUUUGAAGUCACUACAAAUGCAACUUCAGAUGAUGUGGAUGGGGAGUGGAAUGGCAUCUAUGAUGUUCUCAGGAGUGCAACCCUAUAUGUCAAGAAUGGGGAUGGGAAUGGUUCCACCAACAAUGCCUUCUAUGGGAAUGCAUUUACCAAGGCCUCCUAUGGUUAAUCAUUCUGCUGCUGGUGCUGCUGCACCUUCUAUGGCUUCCACACCCAGCCAAGCUGCGGCAAUGAUGAAUCCCAUGAUCAACUUUCAGAAUCAGAUGAAACCCCCAAAUUUUCCCGAGCAGUUUGCCGGUUUUAUGGGCUUCCACCCUAUGCAAAAUCCUUCCCAGUUUUUAAACCGUUUGAGCUUGGGUUCACAUUCAUCUCAACCUAACGCGAUGUUCAACACACCAACGAAUGCCAAUGGUCCCCCGGCUUAAACAUUGGCUACAACUGAGGCCGGGUUAUGCAGAACGCGAGCUCGACCGAUCUUGCACUUUUACCGCAGUGUAUACAUUGUUUUGAACAUUUAAGACUAACACAAUAUUGUAGGAUGGUGGAAGGCUGAAAGCAGCCAACUGCUCAACCUUCGCCUGUACAUUUAUUUUUUAUUUUUACAAGGGAUCAUUUGGCACCUGGCAGGAUUGGACCUGAAACUCAAAGCGUGAUAUGUAUUUCCUGCAUUUUCCUCCAUACCAGUUAUAUCCCUGAGCCUGAGGGAGAUAUGCAUGUAUGACCUCCAUCUGUUAUGACACAUGCAUAUAUGUUGGCAAGUGCACCUAUAAUUUUGGGUUUUAGCUCAUCUGGUACAAAACUAUGACAUGCACGAUUGCAUGCAUGAAAUGCAACUACUUCUUGUGAACAAAUUCCAUGAUUUGCUACAAAAAG